UGAUAUAUAAAAACAAAUUUAAAUCACUUUAAAACGGAACAAGAAAUAAUCAAAAAAAAAGAAAAAUCAUUUUUUAUACAUUAUAUUUUUUUAUUAUGUUUUUUAUGUAAAUAAUAAAUAAGAUAGAUAUAUAUAUAUAUACUAUAGACAAAAAAAAGACACCAACCAAAUAAAAAAAAAUGACUGACUGCUGAAAAAUGGUCUCAAAAACCUUAUUGUAAAUGUUCUCUUCUCUCUACCCGCGUAUUAAAAUAUACUUGUGAUUCUAAGUACAAAUUAGAUUCCUACAUAAAUGGAAUACACUAAUUCGUAGUAUAUAAUUUAAAAAUUUAAGAACACAAAAUUAAGAAAAAAACCCAACAAAAUUUAAUCCUUACAUCAUAAAAGUGCAAUAGUAAAAUCCAUCAUUCUAUCAACAUACCUGCUCAAAAAUGGCUGUGAAUAUGUACUAGGCCAGCCCUCACAAUGUCUGUCCCUGUACGCUACUCUGCUGCCGCUAAUUUUGCCGUCGUUGACAGUGGUUUGUCAUUAAAUCUACAACAAGAAGAGCAAUACCACGAACAGCAACUGUAUCAUCAACAACUCCAACAACAACAACUACAGCAGCAACAACAAUUCUUAGCUCAUAACAAUUACAACGGUUGUAAUAGCGAGGAGGAGUUUAGGUAUCACCAACAACAAUACCACCAGCAGCAGUUGUUGAUGCAGCAGCAGAAGCAGCAGCAGUCAUCGAUGAUGUCGUUGUCUACAAACCAAUGCUCAGUUCCGUUGAAUGCAGCAUCAUCAUCUAAUAUCGACUAUCAAGACGAUAUGAUGAUGUCUACAUCACCAACGGAUUCUGAAGUAUCGGCGGCAGCGGCAGCAAUAAAUGGCAGCUUCAGCGGCGAUGAUGAUGAGUGGAUGUUGCCACAUGGCGGGGGCCGGCUUGGACGACCGGGUGCUGCUGAGGUUAAUUAUCACAAUGAAAAUCUAUUAGUAGACCACCAUAAACAAUUGCAGCAAAACCUACCAAUCGGGCCUUCGUUAACGGACAAUGAAAAGAAAAACAACAAUGGCAAGAAAUCUACAUCAUCAUCUUCUUCAGCAUCAUUACCAUCGACUUCAAAAUCAUCACCAUCAUCAUCUUCAUCAUCUACGGCAUCGGCAAGUUCUACAUCAAAGAUUCAACAGGAACAGCGUGAAAUCUUGGAAAACGAACUCCACGCUAUGACAUCUGAGGAGUUAUUUAAUGCCCUGAAGGAAUAUGAUGCUCUUCAGGACAAAUACCAUACUGUGUUGCUAUUGCCUAAGGAAUCAAGGCGUGAAGUUACAGCUGGUGGACGCGAUGGCUCGGCAUAUGUUUUACGAUGCCUUAAAAUGUGGUAUGAGCUACCGUCUGAUGCACUCUUUUCAGCUAUGAGCUUGGUCGAUCGAUUCUUGGAUCGUAUGGCCGUAAAACCUAAGCAUAUGGCAUGCAUGAGUGUGGCAUCCCUUCACUUGGCCAUCAAACAACUUGGUCUUAAACCUAUUCCCGCCGAAGAUUUGGUGACAAUAUCUCAAUGUGGUUGCACUGCUGGUGACUUGGAGCGUAUGGCGGGUGUUAUUGGCAAUAAAUUGGGCGUACAAAUGGAUCAUCCACCCAUUACAGCGGUCAAUUUUUUGCGCCUUUAUUAUGCCCUCUUCCGCAACAUGGCCAAGGAGCUAAGCCCUGAAUUCUUUAACUUCUUUACUCAAUUUAUUAAGCUGCAAGAGCUUGAGAAUCGUUUGGAAAAUCUUUUAUGUGAUGUAAAGACCACUGUCAUUACACCAUCAACUUUGGCAUUGGUAUUGCUUUGCUUACAUUUGGAUUUCCAUAUCAAAGAAUCCUAUACUAAAGGCAGCCCUGAAUUGAAGCAUGUCUUUGAGUAUAUUCUGUUUUUACAACAGUUUAUGAGGAUUCCCGAUCGAGUAUUCACUUGCGGUUUUAGUAUUGUUUCGGGAAUUCUUUCACAUUACAAUGGCCAAAAUAAACAACCCUAUAAGCAGCGUUUAGUUUGGAAAUUAUCAAGUCGCACCCUGCGUGUACUUCGUCCAACUAAUCGCUUCUCAUCGGACCUGCCCACCAUUGAAGAAGGAAUAUCGAACAAUAUUGAUGACGGUUGUCGAUCAAGGACCGAAAGUACAAGUUCAGAAGAAGAAGAAGAUUGGCCAACUUCACCCAUUAUUCCAAUUUUCGAGCAGUGUUAAUGCAGACGCAUACAUCCCUACACUUAAACAUGGUAAUAAUUACUAUACUAUGUCAGCUUAGACCGCGAUCUAUGGUCUAACAAAAAUAACAACAACAAAACAACUAGGAUGUAUGUGCUCUAGCACAAUAUUUGGCAAAAUUUUUGCAUCAUUCAAACGUUUUGUUUUGUUACAACAAAAAAAAAAGAUCAAAAAAAAUCCACCCCUUUGUUAAGGUAAGAAUGAAAAAAACCAAACAAAACAAAACUUUGUGUAGAAAACAAAACAAACAAAAACAAAAUUCUAUGGAGGCAGGAUAAAUAUUAUUUCGGACGAUUUUGAAGCAGAAAUAUAUAAAUUUUUAAUCAAAAUUUAUAUCCACCAAUCAAAGCAAAAAAACCAAUCGUUUAAAAAAAAUUACAAAUACAAAAAAAAAAAAACAAAAA